UAAAAAUGAGAUAGAAGAAGGCCUUAAUAAAGCAAAUAUGUUGGGCCCAUUAAUAAGAAAUAGGCCCAGACAUGGUGAUGCAGCCAUGGAGGUGUGCUUCCAAGUACUAGAUGCAGGCAGUCAUCUUCCUCAACGGAGGUUUUUGACCCAAGCUCUUGCAACCGAUUCCUUAUGUUGUUCAGCUCUUUCUAUCAUUCCUCCUUAUAACAGACGAGGUUAGAGAAUCGUUUGUUGAUAAAGAAAAAUGGAGUCUCUUUUCAACAAAUUUCAAAAGGCUGUUGGAGUUCUUGCCAAGAGUAGAACAUUUGCUAAGAACCCAAGGCAGCUGCAAUUUGAAGCAGACAUUAACAAACUGUUUAUGUAUACAAGCUUUAACCGGUUGGGAAGAGAAGCUCUGGAGACGGAUGCAGAAGAGAUAAUUGAGAUGGCUGGUAAAACCUCUUUGUCUGAGCAGCAGAAACAAGUCCAAGACAACAUUCACUACCAAGUUGAAAACUUCUGCUCUUUGAUGGAUGGAAUCCUUUGUCCUGAUGUUAGCAAGAGGGAGCCCGGAUCACAACCAGCAACCCCUCCUCCUCGUCAAAGCGGUCUUACUUUCGCCGUUGGUGGGAGUAAUCAUGCUUCUCCAGCAGCAGAUAAGCCUUUUGUUCCGGAGACGAAGCCUUUGAAACUCGCUCAAGUCUCACAGAGAUUAAUGGAACAACUUGGCUAUACCCUUGAGAUCAAACCGUCAGUGAUACCUCACAAGGACGCUGGUCAAGGUUGUUUCAUCAAAGGCGAAGCGGAUGCUGGAACCGUCUUAGCCUUUUACCCUGGAGUCAUCUACUCCCCUGCGUUCUACAGGUACAUCCCCGGGUACCCUAAGGUUGACUCACAGAACUCGUAUCUCAUCACGAGGUACGACGGAACCGUGAUAAACGCUCAGCCUUGGGGUCUUGGAGGAGACUCUAGAGAAGUAUGGACUGGCUCCUACACACCUGCGGUCAAAACCGACACCAAAACAUCAGAAAACGGUUCGGACAGGCUAUGGAAAGCGUUGAGCAAGCCACUCCAAGGCUCGGGUAAAGCCAAAGAGGUUCUCGAGAGGAGAAACCCUUUGGCUUUUGGUCACUUAGCUAACCACCCGGCGAAAGAAACCAACCCAAACGUUAUGAUAUGUCCUUAUGACUUCCCCUUGGUGGAGAAAGAUCUGCGGCCUUACGUUCCCAAUGUGUCUUUCGGAGAUUCUGGAGAGGUGAAGAUGAAGAGAUUCGGAAGCUUUUGGUUUAAGACAGGUGGUAGCAACGGCGUGGAAGCUCCGGUUCUGAAGACGUUGGUUUUGGUGGCGACGAGGGCGUUGCGUGAUGAGGAGCUUCUGCUGAAUUACAGGCUGAGCAACUCUAAGAGACGACCGGAUUGGUAUACUCCGGUUAACGAAGAGGAGGAUCGGAGAAGAUGGAGCUAAAACUUGUCCACCUUCUCUUGUUAUGUUCUUUUGUUUUGAAACACAAAAUUGAGUUUUCUGUCCAAUUAAUAGACUCUAAAUACAAUUUUAAAAUUGUUUUGUCAGGAAUAAAAUUCAAUAAGCACU